AUGCAAGAUGGCGAUCAGCUGGCUGCAGAAAUCGACAAAGCCAUCAAGAACAUGACACCUGCACUGCCGGCAGAGGUGUUUGCUCACAUAAUCGACUGGCUCGUAACGCCAAUAGAUCCCAACGAUUCGACACUACCGCACCCGUCAGGCGCUGACCUUGACUAUGCCCCUGCACUGCCAUCAUCGACAAGUAGCGACCUACUCUCGGCCGCAUCCUCAUGCACAUUACUCCACCAGAUCGCAAGUCGAGCUCUCUACCGAAGGCCGCUUCUUGGGACACUCAAGUCGCUCAACUCUCUAGCUAGCACCAUCUUUGCAGACGCCAAGAAGCUGUACAGUCCUGACCAUGGUCAAGCCUCGGCACGCGCCACAUGGAUCCGUUCGCUCCACCUGCCGCCUGGCGACGGACUGCUUCAACCCGGCGAUACGUUGGCAGACCAGGCGGACUACGUUGAGAGCCUGCGGACGCUCUUCAAUCAUGCAAGUCAGCUUGAUUUCGUCUCGCUUGAACACCGCCAGGCAGGUGCAGCUUUGCUUGAAUUUCUCUAUCCUGCAACCACCUGUCGACCUCGCCGACUGACGCUUUCGAACCUCUCUUUCUCGGCACCGCCAUUCUCGACGAUGCAGUCUUUGGCACCCUUAUCCAAGCUUACACAUCUUCACCUCAUCAAAAUAGUACCUCCGCCCACAUUGAUCUCGUUUCUGAUCGGCAAGACGAUCAACGCAGAUGAACAGGGCAAUGUGCCAAAGAGCAUUGAAGCAGGCUUGUCGCCACGUCAAACACUCGAGUGCCUGCGCCUGUCACUGCUGCCGCCGGAUGCGCUGGUCGAGUUCGGAGCGUACAUAGGUUGGAGGAAGGCAUGGAAGGGGUAUGAGCAGCUUCCUGUGCAGCAACAGGCUCACGAGCCUGCCCCUCGCGCUCCACGUGGUCCAGCAAGACGUUUUGCAGUGCAAGAAGCAUUGUAUGAUCUCGCGACGCAUUCAUCUCGGCUACCACGACUCGGAUUGCUGUUACUCGAGCUUAGUCCGUUGGGUCCGUUACCAUCACCGAUGGUAGAAGAACGCGAGAAUGACCCCUCUGCUACGUUCUUCAGGGUGGGAAGGAACGCUCCGGCCUGGCCAAUGCUUGACGCUCGCGAAACGGGGAGAAGAGGAAAAGCAAGUGUUGCUGACGUCAGAGCAAAACGCUCGAAUCUGCAUGACUUCAAGGAUGCGAUGCAGAUACCUCCAGUGGCAGCAAACCAUCCAGAUACGGCAGCUGCCUCCCCUUUGGGAUUGCCAGAGGAGGAGGAUGGUAUCGAUCCAGUCGACAGUCUCGACGAAGAGUCUAGCCAAGUGCCUGCCGUGACGCCAGAAGAACUACGCACGGCCGAGAGAGACAAGUAUUGGCGUCUCGUCGAAGAAGGCAAAAGGGCACUCAUCAAGCUUUGGCGACCGUCGCAAACUGAGCCUGAUGUGCCAGACAUUCGUGUCGUGACUGCCAGACGGGGAGGACACGAUCGAAGAGAAGUCUUUCUCGAUUUUUACUGUCAAGCUCAGCACGAGCCAUCCACAGCCACAGCUACAGCCACAGCUACAGCCACAGCUACAGCCACAGCCACAGCCACAGCCACAGCCACAGCAAGCCGCUCGAAUGGUCACAGCUGCUCAGCAGAAGCAAAGCGACUUUACGGACAAGCCGACGAGGUGGGAUGCUGGGCAGAUCCAGACGUCUUUUCGCUCGUCACAAGUGCGCCGUACCUCUCUUUCAAGUCACUCGGUGAAGCCGAUCGCGGCUGGUAUUGGACAGGGGAGCUGCCUCGCCAGACGAGUGAUCGACUGAAAGCCGUGCUCCCCUCGCAAGUCACACGGCCAUGA